UAAACGCGCCGGCAAAACAGUAGUAAACAGUACGCGGUACGAUGGUGACAUGAACGUAUGGUACUGAUGGUACUAUUAUUCUUUUGGUGCGAUCCUUCGCUACGCGUAUAUAGGGGCAGUGACAUCGCUAGUUAAAUGCCUCUAGUAGUACUUCGCUUCGGAGUGUAAACUGGAUUUUAAAUUGUUAUUAUUUUUAUGCCCGGCAUUUGAAAAAUAAUUGAUAGGAAUUAUUUUCGCUACAUGGGUACGGAGAAGAUAUACUUUGGCUUGGGAAAUAUAAUGUGCAAUUUAUAAGUGCAAGAAUGAGGUGGUUUCGCAAACAAGACGAGUCUCCAAGAUUGUUAAGCCUGUCGCCGCUCCGAACAUCGGAUUGUCAAGAUGUCUACAUUUACAGCCCUAGGACCGAAAAGCCCGAUGAUGAAACAGUCGAUUUGGACAUUCUUAAAACGCCUAGGCAACAAACCAGACACAGAUCGAGAAUAGAAAUGACUCGAUCGUCAUGGGCAAAAAGGCACUACAGCAAAAACGACACGAAUUUCUACAGUGUCGAAGACAACAUUGUGAUUUUUGAGAAGUCUGAAAAACGACGUCACAAAAGUCAGCCUAGAUUUACUAGUAACAGUGCAGUCGCCAGUUGUAUACCUGAAAGAAAAAACCCAAUGCUCGAUCGUGUUAAAACUACCCGAUUGUCGUGUUUUCGUCUUAAUGCUAAUGCAGCAAGUGCAAAAAUCGACGAAAAUGUAUCUUCAAAUAGUGAUCCGUCAUGUUCCAAAGAUAUUAACGCUAGUGUAGAAGAUAAAAAGAGUGAUACUGAUAAUGCUCAAUGUGAUAGUGCUUCUAGGUCGUGUUUUACAGCUAAAUUACGUGCAAUGUCUGAAAGAUAUUUGCAAAACUCUAAAAGCAGACUUUUGACUAAACUCUACAAACAUUCUGAUAAUGAGGCUCAAAAGUCUAAGAAAAAAAUAGUCAAAAAGCGCAGUUUUUCCUAUGGAGCUCUUCCAGACUUGGAAACGUUUAGGCAAACGAAUAGUUUAAUCUACUCGAACGAAGAAGAUCAUUUGCUUUUAGGAGACAACGAAGAUUCGGAUAGUGGAAUUCUAGUGAACGAUUCAAAUUUCGAAAGCUCAAAUAAUAACAAAAGUAUCGCUAAUGAUGACUUGAAACGAUGGUACCAGCAAGGAACUGAGAACAUCUUUUCUCCGAACUACAGCAAAAAUGUUACGAUCAUUAAAUUUUGUAGAAAAUACCCGGAAGAAUUAGGCAUAUUUAUAACAAGAAGCAAGCAGAUCAACCAAGGCUACCUGGUUGGCAAAAUUCUACCCGACAGUUUAGCUUCAAGAGAAAAUCUAUUACAAGAAGGAGACGAAAUAUUAAGCAUCAAUGGCGUAUCCUUGUCAGGAUUAACAAUCACUGAAGCUAAGCAAAUCUUAAACACCAAAGAACUGAAUAUUGAAAUGGUCAUAGUGCGAUGCAUGAAAGAAACCUCGGUCGAUUUUGAAUUCAACAGGCACUCGGUUGCUGGAUCUUCAACCCCCGUAACGAAAAGACAAUUCCAGAAGAAUUCCAUCCAUGGAAGCUACACCAGGAUGUUGAGAAAAAGUUCUUCAUCAUCUAGAAAUGAGAGCAACGCUUCUCCUCCGCCGAGUCCUCAGUCCACUGAACCAUCAUAUGUAGAAGAUUCGAAUGCGGCUUCGAAUUUUUGUACUUUACCAAGGAGGCCGGCUUCCAGCGUUUGCACUUUUCAUACUGUUACAUUGGAAAAGGGCGCAGGUAAAAAAUCCCUUGGAUUUACAAUUGUUGGAGGAAGGGAUUCGCCAAAAGGUGCCUUGGGAAUAUUCAUCAAAACUAUUAUGCUCAAUGGACAGGCUGCAGAAGAUGGCAGAUUAAAAGAAGGAGACGAGAUAUUAGCAGUGAACGGGCAAGUUUGCCAUGACAUAUCGCAUGCAGAUGCAGUUUUACUUUUCAAGAGCGUGAAGAGCGGACCCAUUACGUUGCACAUAUGCAGAAGGAAACGAAGCAAAAACUCGUCCAAAGCUAAGUCUUGCAGUAAUAUAUUGAAGCCAAGUUAGUUAACUCAAUUACUGGAAACUGCCAAAAAUAUUUUCAAAAUUUAAUCUAGAACUGAAAUGUUGUAUAAAAUAUACCUACUUACUUUAAAGAAUUAUACUUUAUAAACCUCUUUCUAAUGAUUUUGGAAUAUAAAUAUUUAAGUAUAUUUUUUUGUCCUAGACAGCAA